UAUGCCUACUGUCGUCCAUCUCGAAAGUCGAACGGCUGCGCUACCUUCGAUCAUGUCUCAAGGGGCCGGCUGAAAAUUUGAUAAAAUCAUUAACUAUUACGGGCGACAAUUACGACCGCGCUUGGGCUAUUCUCUGUAAGCACUACGAGAACAAGAGGGAGCUGAUACGCUCCAACUUCGCCACGUUUACCGCCGUGGCGAAGAUGAAAACCGCUACCGCCGAUGAGCUCAGCCGCGUCCAUAACGCUGUCAUCUCCACCGUCAACGCUCAGGAGAGCAUAGGAAGACCCAUCGACUCGCACGGCAUGGAUCUCUUCAAUCAUCUCGUCGUCGAACUGUUCGACCCGCGAACGCGCCUGGAGUGGGAAUCCUCCUCGGGAGACUCCUUCGAACCGCCGAGUCACGACACUCUAACCGACUUCAUCGCGAAACGGAUUCUCACUUUAAACGCCGCGAAUCCGAAGAACAUUAAACCUGCGAGUGAAUCAUCACGGUCCGCGAAAACUUACGUCGCGAAGCGUUCCGAGCCUUCGCAGUGUCCGCUCUGCAACGGGGAGCACUCGCUCAUGGGAUGCCCCGACUUCAAGGCCAAGCCGGCCAGUGACAGAAAGACAGUGGCCGAGACAAACAAGCUAUGCUUUAACUGUCUCGGCAACCACCUGGUGGCACGGUGUCAGUCCACCAGGAACUGUAUGACGUGUAACUCGCGUCACCACACGAUGCUUCACGACGCGUACAUUUCCGAGCCGACACCCGCCGCUGAGGUCAGCGCGCUCUCCGCCGUCGGAUGGAUGACGACCGCAAAGCGAUCCUCCUUGCGACCGCGCGCGUGA